AUGCACAUCUUCAAGAUUGCCACCUCACUCCUCCUACCAUCGAUAACGUGGGCCUUCAUGCAUGCAACGGAGAAUAAUAGCAGCCUUACUAUCGCCAACGACCGCCUUGUUGCUUCCGUGAGCAAGCUCCGCGGUGCCGUCAAUAGACUCACCCUUGACGGACAGAAUCUGCUCGGUUCUGAAUCAGGAAAUGUUGGCAUAGGGCCCUACCUGGACUGCUAUUGUACUCCAGCUGGAUUUUGGACCCCUGGUCGUGGGAGAAAUGUCAGCUAUCAGCUCUACCAAGGCACAGACUCGGCUGGAAAGAAGUAUGGCGGCAUUAGCAUGGGCGAAACAUACGCUCCAACCGGCCAGCGCCUGGAGCAGUACUGGUUCCUAAAAGAAGGCGAAACUGGACUCCAUACAUUCAGUCGUGUUGCGUACUACAACAAGACGACGCCUUUCCUACGCAACCUCCAAGAACUCCGGACGAUGUUCAGACCAAAUCACGACCCACCACUAUUCACCCAUUUCGUCACCAACGAGGACUUCGCCGCUCCCAGGCCGAACACAGAAGGCCAAAUUACGGUCCAGGAUGCUACUUGGUAUUUACCUAACAAAGAUGAUCCGUACGUGAAAGGCGUAGGCGACUACUUCACAAAGUACACUUUCCAGGACACAUGGCGGGAUCACAAAGCUCACGGAAUGUGGGCCGAUGGCUCAGGGAGUAACGGUACAACAUUCGGCGCAUGGCUGGUGCACAACACUGUUGAGACGUACUUUGGCGGCCCCCUGCACUCAGACCUUGUAGUUGACGGCAUAGUAUACAACUAUAUGUCAAGCAAUCAUCACGGGGACCAGACGCCCAACAUCACAGACGGCUUCGACCGCACCUUCGGACCGCAGUACUUCCAUUUCAAUAAGGGUGGCUCGCUCAACGAACUCCGACGAGACGCAGAGCAAUAUGGACUCAGGCCUGAGUGGAAUGCAAAGUUCUACGACUCUAUUGCGAAACAUGUCCCAAAUGUUGUUCCUACUUCUGCACGUGGAACAUUCAAAGUCAGAAUUGAUCUUCCAAAAGGAGCAAAGAAGCCUAUUGCGGUCCUCGCACAGAAUGGGGUUGAUUACCAAGACAACGUUUAUGACACGAAAGCAUUACAGUACUGGGGAAACAUCGACAAAAAGGGGGAAGUCACCAUUCCUCGCGUGAAAGCUGGGACAUAUCGACUCACUAUACACGCUGAUGGUGUGUUUGGUGACUAUAUCCAGGAUGACGUUGCCAUUGUCGCUACCAAAACGGCUUCAGUACACGCCAAAUGGACAGCAGAGUCUUCUGGAACCGAGCUGUGGCGUAUCGGCGUGCCUGACAAGUCUUCAGGUGAAUAUCGACACGGUUACGCGCCGUCUCCAACUCAUCCUCUGCUUUCGGAUGAGUAUCGACUAUAUUGGGCACACUACGACUUCGUCACUGAGUUCCCGGAAGGCGUCAAGUUCAAAGUCGGCAAGGACGACGCAGCAAGCGCAUUGAAUUAUGUCCAUUGGUCUACCUACGGCGGCAAGGCAAAUUACGAGCGUCCUACGCCUGUAUACGACAAUAUCAACAACUGGACCAUCCUUUUCGACACAAAGGCACAUCAGCUAAAAGAGAAGAAGACGGCGACGUUCACCGUGCAGCUUGCAGGCGCCAAAACAGCAGCCGGCAACACCGACAUCUUCAACGCCUCAGAGCCCUACUCCAACCUCCCAUACACCGUAAACGUGAACGGCAAGGAUCUAGAGCCGUGGGUCAUCCCGUACCAUCACAGCUCCUCCUGCGCGGUCAGGUCAGCAGUCAUCUGUUACAAUAUCGCGCACAAGUUUUCGUUUGACGCGCAGUUGCUGAAGAACGGAGAGAAUACGUUUGUGCUCAGUUUACCGUAUAAUGCGACGAAUUACGAGAGUGCGCUACUGCCUGAGAGCGUGUAUGUGCAGUAUGAUGCGCUGAGGUUAGAAGUAAAGUAG